AUGAUAGUCGAUAUCGAGGACCUUGCCGUGAAUUUUCCCUACAGAGAACCGUACCCCGAGCAGCUACAGUACAUGCGGUCAUUGAAACGUGCCCUUGAUGCUGGAGGUCAUGCCGUUAUCGAAAUGCCCUCCGGUACCGGUAAGACCGUUAGCAUCCUGAGCCUAGCGAGUUCAUACAUCAGCCGUUGGCCGCUAGUUUACAGGAAACUUGUUUACUGCACCCGAACGGUUGAAGAGAUGGAAAAGGUGCUGGCUGAGGCGAAGCGCCUCUUUGCAACAAUGCAAGCGAACCGCGGAGAUCCCUCCGAGCUUCUAUGUGUUGGCCUCGCUGCCCGGAGCCACCUGUGUGUGCUCGAGGAGGCUUUACACAAUCCACGCGGUGUGGAAAGUGCCUGCCGUGCGCUUACUGCUUCGUGGGUUCGAGAGAGGGCAUACCAGUCGACUGAUCAUGGACACCAGGUCGAUAUUCCACCAGGUCUCUGUCCUUUUUACGAGCGAUUUUCUUCGGCGGCUUCACAAAACUUUAUUCUACCAGCCGGUGCAGCGUAUUCUAUUUCGGACUUGCGAGAGUUUGGCGCUCGCGUAGGAUGGUGUCCCUACUUUCUGGCGCGUCAGAUGGUUCCCUUUGCUCAUAUUGUGGUUUAUAGUUAUCAGUACAUUCUGGAUCCUCGAGUAAGCCGUGUUGUGAGCAGCGACUUCGGUCCCGAUACGAUCAUAGUUUUCGAUGAAGCUCAUAAUAUUGACAAUGUUUGUACCGAGGCCUUCAGCGUACAGCUGAAUGACCAGCUACUCCAGUGCGCGGCUCGGAAUCUGAAUACACUCUCUUCUAGAGUCCAUGAGAUGAAACGACGCGGUGUGGAACGACUCCACCAAGAAUAUGAGCGUCUUGCAUGGGGAAUCAGCACCGCGGACCGAGAAUCGCAGCUUCGGGAUAUGCAGAUAGCUGGCCUCGAUCCAAGCGCACUGCCAUCGCUGGUUGUGGAGUCAGCGCCGGAUGCCAGUGCUAUGAUACCUGAUCAAAUGCGAAUAUCCCUGUGUCCAGAAAUCCAAUCGACUGUUGGAUUCCUACAGUUUUUGCGCCAGAUCUUGAGUUACGUGCAGGAACUGGUCGAUUCCAAUCUUAUCAUGGAAGAGACAGCGCAGCGCAUGGCGCUUGCUGUAUGCCAUAGACUCAGCACAGAGCGAAGAGCGCUCCAGCUCGCCUCAGACAGACUCGUUUCAUUGCUAUGGGCACUGGAAAUAUCUGAUGUUGCAGCCUUCUCUCCCUUGCAAAAGCUGAGUGAUUUCUGCACGCUCCUAGGAACCUAUUCUGCAGGCUUUGUGGUGAUCAAUGACCCGGAGGAGAGAAUUUUUCACCUUGCGUGCCUGGAUGCAUCACUUGCCAUGCGACCGGUCUUGACUCGAUUCAAAAGCGUGGUGAUCACAUCUGGAACGUUGAGCCCUCUGUGGUUCUAUCCGCGGUUGCUGACUUUCAGGGCAGCGAUCGCAGAAUCAUUUCCAAUGUCCUUAGAGCGGGCGUGUCUGUGUCCCUUGAUUGUGACGCGGGGGGUCGAUCAGUCCCCCAUCAGCUCGCAGUACAGCACGAGGAAGGAAAUAUCGAUUGCUCGGAACUAUGGAGAAUUGCUCCUCAAUAUGGCCGAUAUUGUCCCGGAUGGCGUUGUUUGCUUUUUCCCCAGCUAUGAAUUCAUGCAUGACAUUGUCUCCCAAUGGGUAGAGAGCGAUAUCCUCCAGCGUCUACAGAAACUGAAGCUCACAUUUGUUGAAACUCAGGACGCUGUCGAGGCUGGUCUUGCGAUUAAACAUUAUCGCAUGGCCUGUGACGCGGGCAGGGGCGCUGUGCUGCUAUCGGUCGCUCGCGGCCGCGCAGCAGAGGGCAUAGAUUUUGAUAAUCACUAUGGGCGGUGCGCAUUACUUUUCGGUGUUCCUUUUCAAUACAGUGAAUCUCGUCUGCUGAAGGCACGUCUCUCAUAUCUGCAGCAACGUUAUCAGAUACGGGAAGAUGAGUUUCUUGUUUUCGACGCAAUGAGGCAGGCGGCCCAGUGCGUAGGCCGUGUUAUACGCAACAAGCAGGACUAUGGCAUUAUGAUUUUUGCCGACAGGCGAUACGCAAGACCGGCUCUUCUACAAAAACUUCCGCGGUGGAUCGCUCAGUUUCUUGACGAUGCUUACAUCGGUUUGGAUAUCGGUACAGCGGUCAAUCACGCAGGUCAUUUCUUGUUACAGAUGGCGCAGCCUCUGUAG